GGCGCUCAGGUACUUUAGGUAGCACAAUGGCUUUCGUUCUUCCUCAUCCUUGGAACAGCUCCGGACGGUUCUUCUCCGGUUCCUCCGUGCGGGGCAACUCCAGCGGUUCCGACGUGCUGUUAAGCCGGCUCCGUGCGGUGCUCCCGGCAGCCCGACUGAGCGUAGCGGCGGCUCCUUCUUUGCUGGGCCCGGCCCGGCAGCAGGAGGCGCUUCAGGGGUUGAACGAGCGCCUGGCCGGCUAUCUGCAGCGGGUGCGGGGGCUCGAGGCGGCCAACCGAGCCCUGGAGGAGGAGAUCGCCGCCACCCGGUCUAGCAGAUCUGGGACGGUUGGCCGUAAAGACUGGGAAGCCUGCGAGCAGCCCCUGGCUGCGCUGCGCAAGCAGGUUGAAGAGCUGAAUAUGGAGAAUGUCAGGCUGCUUCUGCAAAUUGAUAAUGCCAGGCUGGCAACAGAUGACUUUAAGCACAAGUUGGAAGUAGAACAGGCUGCAUGCGACACUGUCCAGAAAGACACGCAAGGAUUGCACAGAAUAAUAGAUGACACCAACUUCCUACGUUUGAAGCUAGAAGGGGACCUGGAAUCCCUCGGACAGGAACUAGCUCAUUUGCGCAGAAGCCACGAGGAAGAGGUGGAGGCUCUCACUGCUCUAGUGGCCAACUCUGAUGUAACCGUUCAAGUAGACAACCCACAGAAACAUGACCUGAGUGAGACUAUUGCUGACAUACGCAAUCAGUAUGAGCAAGUGGCUGAGCAGAAUCGUGACGAUACCCAGGACUGGUACAGAACCAAGGUUGACUCCAUGUCCCAAGAAGCCAGCAUGAACACUCAAGCCCUUGAGCAGGCCAGGAGUGAAUUGUCAGACCUUCGCCGGCAGUUGCAAAGCUUGGAGGUUGAACGCCAGACUCUCCAGAAAACGGUGGAUGCUUUGGAGAAUACACUGAAAAACACAGAAGAUCACUAUCUCAGUGGCCUGGCCAAUCUGAACCAAGUUAUUGCUAAUCUGCAAGAGGACCUGGCAGCCUGUCGGGCUGAUCUGGAGACACAGUCACGAGACUAUGAAACACUUCUGGACCUCAAGACAAAGCUAGAGAAUGAGAUUGAACACUAUCGUGUUUUGAUUGAGGGCGUAAUAGACAGAGGGGAUGUGUUGAGCUCAGGAAAAGCAGAGAUCAGGAGCCAAAUAAUUAAAAAGGUGGUGGUCAUUACACACAAAAUUGUGAAUGAGCAAGAUGUGACCCAGAGAUCUGAAGAAAUAACUCAAUAGGACUUCCUAAGAUUUUACUCUACCAUCAACAAUUUUUUCUGUUGACUAAAAUAACAAUGAGCAAUUCAACAUCCUGUUGCGAUAUUUGCUGAGUCAUGUUGAGCUUUUUUAAAAAUAUAAUAGAGAUUGAAGGUUAUUUAAAUAAUCAUAUUGCUACUGAUAUUGUGCUAUUAUCUUUCUUCUGCUCUUCACAAUCUUUUGAAUGUGGGUAUAAUUCCUAUAUAUUUGAAAGGAAUGGAACAGGCAAGUCCAUAUAUAUCCUCCAAAGACACAAAAGAAAUUCAAGGGCUUCAAUGUAAUUUUUUUCAUAGUACAUACUGAUAAUUUCCUACUGUAUUGAAAAUACAACAUAAACCUGAAUUACAAAUAAAAAGCAUAUUGUUCGCUAUAAUAGCAUUUCACUUCUUUACCUGUAUGAAGUUUUUGGUUCAAACUCAUCAGAUUUUUCUUCUUCUUUGCAACCUGAGAUUUUUAUCUAGUGAGGGCAUGUAUUAAAUUUUAUAUACAUGGUGUUAUAUUUCUCUCCCAUAACCUUUUCUGAUUCUAUUGAACACAAACAAGUAAUAAUGAAUACCCCAUUGACCAUGCUGGGUAAGAUAGAAAGAUCUCCUUUAUUAAUGAACCCAACAAUAUUUCUUCAGAUACAGGAAUUGUGAACUCAAAAUACUUGGAAGAAAAACAAGUUAAUAUUGCAUUAUUACCAUAAGAAAUACUGCAACUCAUAACCGGUAAACAUAUUGCAAAGCAAAACAGCUUGAAAAAAAGGGGAUCAGGAAGAGGGGGAAAAAAGAAAGAAAAAUGGAUCAAAAUGGAAUUAAAGGAUGUUUUCAUUUUUUUUAAUUAAGUCCUUGCAAGCACAGCUCGAUGCCACAGAUCACUUUCCAAACUUGUAUAGAAAACAUCACCCGAUUACUUCCUUAAGAGCCCAGAGAGGUGCAAUAUUAAAAAGCUACGAUUAUCAGGUAGCAAGUGCUCCAGCCUUCUACCGCAGUUGU